GCACACUCAAAUCUUUCAUCGCCUUCUUCACGAGAAUCGUCUGAUAAAAUUCUCAAGAACCCUAAUUUCUUCAGAUCUUCUCAAUUUUCUGAGAAAAUGAAGGUUGUCGGUGCAAAUGUCCACUUCCAGAAGUUAGAAGCCAAGUGCUCAUCACCAACAUUCUUUCAAAGCUAUCUGCAAAUGAUAGCCGCUCAAGAACUCUCCGAUUUUCUUCAAAUGGAAAUUCGCCUCAAAUUCGAGGAAGAAGUUCUUGAAUUCUACAGAAAUGGAGAGUUCAAAACUGCUCAUUCAAAGAAGAACCCACAGAGGAUGUUUCCAGUCAUCAAGUCCACUGUUGGAGGUACAAAAGUGAAGCUUUCGCAAAAGAAAUUGGGAGAAAAGCUUCGCCUUCCCAAUUCUGGAGUUGAAGUUGGGAAAUUUCCAGUCAAAAAUCUGGACUGGAACAUCAUUGGAAUAUCUGGGCAAGUUCCUUCUGGCCCAGCGAAGAAAGCAGAUCUAAACAACGAUUACAAGUUGGUUUUGGAACUGGUCAUCGCUUGCCUCGAGUGUGGAAGUGGAGGUCAUGCCGAUGACAUCACCCAGGAGAGAGCCUUCAUCAUCAACUCUCUCAUUACCAAAACUAAGGUAAAUUGGGCUGCACACUUUUUCAAAUCCAUUUCAAAACAUCUAGGAAAGCACAAUCAGAAGUAUCUCUGUCAAGGUCUGUAUAUUGGACACAUUUUGGAAUCUAUGGGCGCUGCAGUUAAAGGGAAAAAGUAUGAAGCCAGAUACUGGUUGUACUACUUAUCCUCCAAAGGAGAAAACAGAGCUAGUGCUAGUGCCACUGCAGAAGAAAGCUCAUCAGACAAUGUUCCACUCAUCAAUUUCGCAAAGACUACCAAGAGAAAGCAUGUGGUGUCUCCCUCUCCCAGUGCUGAAGCACCACAGAAUCUUGCUCCAAUAAAUCUUGAAGAAGAAGAAGAAUUCUCUGACCAAGGAGAACUUCAAAGGAAGAAGAAGAGGAAGAUCAACUCUCCAUCAACAUCUGGAAAUGUCAUUUCGGAUGAGUUGAAGGAGAAGGAACCUGUUGAGGAAACCUAUGCUCAAAACCGGAGCCCUCAACAACUUGAAGAAGAAAUUCCUCAAGUCCAAAGCCUUCCAACCUCAUCACCUCAACCUCAAAUAGAUGAUGCAGAUAACCAAUUCUGGCAGCUCUACUAUGGGUGGAAAGCCUGGAAAGUUGGAAAUUCAGCAGAGCAACUGUUGAAUUGGGACCAACAACUGAAGAAUGAAAAGAUCAUCAAAAAGUGCUUAGGAAUACCAGUCAACCACAACUAUGAGCAAAUUUUGGAUGAAUACUGGGUAUGGCAAAGGAAUCCUGAAGACUUGCAUCUGGAAUACCUGGCCAACACACCAGUUUCAGACUUUGAAGCAGAUGAUGAAGAUCCUGCAGUCUUCAAGUCAGUCUACUCAAAAGACACAGAGGAUCAAGUGGUUUUCACUUCUGAAGCACAAGGUGUUUUGGAAGCAGCAGCUGAAGAUUUCCGAACACUUCCGGAAACCUCACAUGUGUCUGAAAUGGUUCUAACUGAAGUUGUAGAAGAGAAGACAACCUCACCCCCACAAGAACAGAACCAGGAAACAGCAAAAGAAGAAGAAUUUCAGCCACUAAUCCCAUCUAAAGUUUUGGAGAUUCUCACCACUCCUUGUGAGAUCUCCAAUCCUACUGAAAUUGAAAUCCCGGAAAAGUCAGCAGAAAUCCUGGAACAGUCAGCUCUUCCAGAAACAAUGGAGCAAGCUGUUGAAGCACAAAGGAAUUCUGGAGAAGCUAAAAAGGGAACUCAAAUGGAAGAACUAGAGACAAAGAAGGUCCAAGGGCUGAUUGAAUCAGCCCUAGCAUCUCAACAUGCCUCCUUUAGGCAAGAGAUAGAGCAAAUGGAAGUCAGGCACACCCAGGUGAUAGAAAAAUCUGAAGGAAAACACAGCGCAGAUCUCAAAGAAAUAAGCAAAUCAAUGCAGAAGACUCUGGAGAUCAUCUCUCUAUUGAGUGAAACUGUGAGCAACACGAUGGAAAUAUAUGCCUCUGACAGUCAACUUCAACUCAAAGAGAUCAAUAAAGUCAAAGAGCAAAUAGCGAGUGUCACAGUUAGUCUCCAAAAACAGAUGUCCCUUCUCCAAAUGGACAUCAGAUCAGCCCUAGCAGUAGAUUCUGCAAAUCAGGUAGUGACCAAAGACUACUUGAAGGUGAUCAUUGACAAUCAAAAGGAAGCAUACAAGCUGUUCAGACUUAUUGGCGCAAAUUCUGGAAACCGCAAGAUGGAAGUGAUUCUCCAACAACACAGUCCAUCUCCAAUACCAGAGCUCCCUAUUGCAGUCAAAGAAGGAGAAAUAUCUUAUAUUCCUUCUCAUCUGAACUUGACAAAUCUAAUCCUUGAAGCAUAGCAAAGAAAUCCGGAAAACUCACCACAGCUUCUAUCCAGCUCAGGACUGGAUGGAACAAAAUUUAUAGGUACAGUUGUUGACCACUUCUCAAAUGAUGCUCAAUCAGAAGAAAGACGUGAAAAUUUA